GGCUUUUCUGUUCCCGGAAUUGUGUGCGUGUUCUGAAGAAUCUGAUACCGCUUCAUGUUGUACACAGGGCAGCAAACUGGAUGGGUCAUUGUUGACCUCAUCUUCUAUGGCAAUCCUGUUAUGUUCCUGUUGUUAAGAUAGAAAAUCAAAUUUCAUUCAGUUAAUUUUCACUGCAGCCCUUAGGUUAGCCUGUUACAUUUUCUACCUCUUUGUGUUCCUAUUAAGAGGAUUUUUCUCUGAUUGUCAGGAUCAUGCACGGUUAAGCACUGAUGUAGCCCAAUGCUUACAUUAAAUAUUCCAAGCAUAUUAAAUGUACCUUUGUUUAAAUGGAAGGCUUGUUUAUGUCCCCAGUGUUGCUCAUGCACAAGUUCUGUUGUUGAAUGCUUGUCAGCUGCUCCCUAUUGGAUCACAUGUUAGUUCAGCAAAGGCAUCCAAGCAUUAAUCUAUUCAUUCUUUACUCUAGGAUUAAAAGAAUAACAUGAAUGCUGGAGACCACAGGAUAUCAUUCAACUUUGUACGGAUUAUUCAAGGAGCAGUGUCUUCAGCAGAACAUCCCUAAAUAGGAGCUCCUCUGAGAGAACAUUCUCCAUGUAGUGAUAAUUUUUUGCACAGAUGGCCACUUAAAUGCUAAAUAAUAAACUUGAAAGAACUAGUGUAGUGUCAUGAGAUUUGCCUCUUGUAGCUCUUUGUUUCUGACAACUAAAUUCAUGCUUUCUGUAGCUUUCUGAUUCAUUGCAGAUACUUAAGAUUGUUUCUGUCCUGUCUGGAAUGUUUUCAUAAAGUAGCUUCAUUAGUUCAGUCCCAGAAUUGAUGAACCCAAGUUUUGAAGAGACUUUAAUGUAGCUUAGGCACAGUGUUAAUGUAGCUAUUGUGAGAUAAACCUCUACAAUGAAAGCACUUUGGUUCAUUUUUGUUAUUCAUGUAAAUAAGCCACAAAGAGCACUGUUGACAUCAGUAUUUUAACAUCUCCAACAUAUUCAUCACCUAGAGCCAAAACCCACUGAAGUCUCCACAGUCAGCAUUUGUGGAACAAUACGUUUACUGCUGGAAAACAAAUAAGUUGUUUGCACCACUUGCUUUGGAGGAGAGAGACUUGUGAGGAUGAUGAGACAUGAUUAAGAUAAUCUGAUAUAAAUGGCUAUCCCCGUUCUAUCUGAAACUAACUCAGCUUCUUGGUGGAACUACUUUUUCCUUUAUGAUGGGUCAAAGGUAAAGGAAGAAGGGGAUCCCACAAGAGCUGGAAUUUGCUACUUUUAUCCUUCUCAGACUGUCUUGGACCAGCAGGAGCUGCUGUGUGGACAGAUUGCAGGAGUGGUGCACUGCAUAACUGAGAUCUCCAGUGCUCCCCCUAGUCUCAUUCAGCUGAGAAAGCUCAAGUUUGCAGUACGGGUGGACGGAGAGUAUCUCUGGGCGCUGGGCUGUACCAUUGAACUCCCUGAUAUCAGCUGUCAACAAUUUCUGGAACUACUGAUUGGACUCUUCAGAUUUUACAAUGGAUCUGUGUGUCAUGCUUACACGGUGUUUUCUCGGGAGGAGCUGAGCACGCAGUGGGACAGGUACAUUGAACACAUCCAGAAAAACACCAGCGACCUACACAAGAUCUUCAAUUCCCUUUGGAACUUGGACAGAACCAAGGUAGACCCCCUGCUGUUACUGAAAGCAGCUCUCAUCUUGCAGACCUGCCAGCGUUCCCCUCAAGUGUUGGCAGGUUGCAUCCUCUAUAAAGGCCGGGUUGUGAGCACGCAACUUCCACCUCCUCUCACUGCCAAGGUUCUCCUUCAAGGAACAGAAGCUGCAGGAAAGAGUAUACCUGCAAGUGGGGAGGUGCUGCAGGAGCAUAAGUCAGGCUCGUCGCACAGCGCACAUGGUCUCCCAUUGCCCCAGGAUGUCUCUAUCAUCCCAGUUUUCCUAACAGAAGAUGAAGCCACAGCGCUCCGGGAGUUUCCAGUAGAGUGGAUGACUAGGUUGCCCACAUCUCCAGGAAACCCAACAGGAUCUAAGAACACCCUCCGCUCACGAGCAUUCUCAGAUUCGGCCCGGGCUGAUGAAGUCCGAAGCCAGUCUGCUCUGUGGGUGAGAGAGCCCCUUGCUCAGGGCUCAAGUGCCAUCACAGCAGAAGAUACUCUGAACUCAGUCACCUUUGCAAAUACAGCUUCUACCAGUGGUUUCUCCAAACCACAGGCCAGUGUAGAGAAUUUCCCUGCUGAAGCAGUGAGCAGCCCCAGCAGUGAAAGCCCAGUGUUGAGUUCUGGCUGCUUCAAACUAUCUUCUCCACUACAGAGAAAGCUGGGAGUCCUGCCCAUCAGUUCCAAACUGCCUGCUGCAGAGUGCAUGCGAGACACAGGCACGGCCUCAGGCUUUCCAAAGCUGGGUGCCCCGGGGCAGGAGGGUGGAGGCCCUAUGGAGCCCACAUUGCGCUCUAGCAGUCCCCCCCACAAGGGGCUCCCCCCAGCCAGUGCCAGCCUCUCCUCCUGCUACCCACUCAAAGAGUCGAGAAGAAAUCAUUCAAGUGAAGGUGACGGUCUGUCGAGUGUGGACAGUCAAGACCCCAGCAACCAGAAUGGGGCCUUUGGAAGAGGAUCUGGAGCAACGUGGUUUGAUGCUUCUGGGCAGGAGCCCCUGCCCUAUGCAGCACAGUUGGAGCAAACGUUCCCUGCAGAUGACUGGGGUAGGAAUUUGUUUCCUGUUGCUGGAGGCCAGGCAAGACAGCAACACAGCGUCAGGGCAGAUGGUCCAGGCGCGCCCAAGAGCAGAGAGAACAGGUUGCCUACAGAAGUAACUGCCAGGGCAGACUGUCUAGCCGCCGCUGAUUGCACUGUGUCAGACAAGCAGGCCAAGCUGGUUAAGAUGCUCUUGUAUGUUCACAGCAUUAAAGGGCUGGUGUUGUUGCUGCUGGCGGAGGAGCAGUUUAAGGAUGUCCAGGGCUCCAUUGAAGAUGUGUAUCACAGCAGUCUGGCUUCUCUCAAUGGCCUGGAGGUUCACCUGCAGGAGACUUUGCCCAAAGAUCAUUCCUCUGCAGUCAAAGCCACCUACAGCUUUACUCACUACGACUGCAUUCAGAAUGUGCUGACAGCAAACCUGCCCCAGGUACUAGGCGCUCAGGAUCAGCAGUUCUUGAAAGCUGUGAGUCUGAUCCACUCUGACUUCCACCAGCACCCGACUGCUUCUGAAAUGAUCAUCAGGAAUGCCUCCACUGCUGUGUAUGCCUGCCAGAACCCAGUCCAGGAGACUUACUUCCAGCAGCUGACCACUCCUCUGCGCAAUUCAGGGGUUCCCAACCCUCAUGACAGUGCGUUCAGUUUGCCAGGCAAGGCCAAACAGAAGCUGCUGAAGCAUGGGUUGAAUCUGCUCUGAGCUGGCUUUGACCUCUUGGAAUGGCCUGUCCAAAUCCAAGCCGGGAGAAGCUCUGUCUGUAAUAAGCUAAAACGCCAAGACUUUUAUUCUAUACCAGCGGCUCUGUAAAGAACCUGGGGGCACAAAGCUUUAUUUGUGUGUCGUGCCUUGGUCGGUUAAACAGUGAGUAGCCAGGACAGCUGAGUGCCCUGCUCUUGGGCUGGUGGUCUGGACUGCCAGGUAAAUCCAGCAUGCCAUGUGCAUGCUCAGGGGGCCCUUUGCCUUGCUGUGGUCUGUUGGGAAAUGUUGACUGUUACCAAAGAACUUAGGAGGCGGAUUGCAGUGGCAUCUGCCACCUUCAACUUGGAGCCCCAGAGCACCUCGACUGAAAGCGACCGGUUAGCUUGCUCUCAGCGGCACCGAGUGCUGAGUUACUGGGCAAUACUUGCUUUGUGAGAUCUGUCAGGGGCUAGCUCUCCCUGUGCCUACACUCCUACUCAGUCAGAUGGUUUACACCUCUGAAGCUCCAUGAGUGAGCCUGUCACCGUGGAGUGCCUCACCUUGAAUUAGCAGAGCCCUGAAUGUUGUUGGACUAGCAGGAAGAGGAGAAGAGCUAACUACUCCCCUCAGUUGCAUAAAGCACUUAGAUUUUUGUAACAUAGCAGUGUCUAGGAGGUCUCCUAGUCCUCCCUCCCCAUCUGUCUCCAGCAUUCCUUCCUUGGCUAAGUUGCUUAACACUGUCCUUCCAAAUGGUCCACCAAACCCUGUUAUCUCCCCAGGGCAUCCCUGCCUUUCAUAAGUGUCUUUAUGAGAUCAGUUUACAGGCCUGAACACAGUACACACACAGACUGUGCUGCACAUGCC